AAUGUUAAGCAAAUUAACAAGAAUUUCUCGUUUUAGACCUUUUUUUGCAUUUUGUAAUUAGAAGCCUCCAUAAGGUAAUCAUAAUAAUGAAGUAAGGCUUUGAAAAAUUCCAGAGAAAAUCUAAGCAUUAAUAAGCACCUUAAGAAUAGAAAAUAGAAAAUACUUAGGAAGAUAAAAAGGAAGAGAAAAUACAAGAAAAUUAGUAAACAAAAAAGUAGGAAGAAAAAAUAUAAAGGGAAAGACCAGAAGAGCCAUAAUUUGAAUAACCAAAAUAACAAUAACAAUAAAAAACAAAUGAGCGAUUUUCAUAAGAAUAAUUUUAAUUUACAAGAAGAGAUAACACAAAUAAUUUUGGAUAGAAACCAAAAUCUACAGGACCUGUAUAAGAUGUAUAUAAUUAAUAAUAAAAUAGCCUAAUGAUCCAUUUAAGCAAUAUUUGUUUAUGUUUUUAGCAUCUGCUCCUCUUGCUUAUUUAUUAUAUAAAGUAUAUGAAGAAGGGGAAAACCAUAUAUCAUUUAAUGAAUUUCAAAGAGAUUAUUUAGAAAAACAAUUAGUAAGUUCAAUAUAAAUUUAAAAAAUAAAUAGAGAAAUUAUUGCUAUAAUAUACACAAUAGAAGGAAAGAAAAAAUUAAAAAUUUCAGAUUUAGAUUUCUUUCUUUAAAGAAUUGAUGAUUUGAAAAAUGAAAAAUACUAUGAAUAAUCUAUACCAAUUUCCUUUUAAAAUCAAGAUGAAGCAUAAGAAACUACAGCUAAUAUUACUAAAUAUGCAUAAAUAUUAUUUUAUGGUGGACUAUUCUUUAUAAUGUUUUAAUUUUAUAAAAAAAUGACAAAAAGUCUUUCUGGAAUGGCUGGUGAUAUGAUGGGUGGUAUGGCUAAAAUGAAAUCUAAAUAAUUUGAAUAAAAAAUCAAAAUAAAAUUUAAAGAUGUUGCAGGAUAAGAUGAAGCAAAAGGAGAAAUAAAAGAAUUUGUAGAUUUCUUAAAAGCACCAAAAAAAUAUAAGAAAUUAGGUGCUAGAAUACCAAGAGGAGCAUUAUUAACAGGUCCUCCUGGAACUGGAAAAACUUUAUUAGCCAAAGCUUGUGCAGGUGAAGCAGGAGUUCCAUUUUUUUAUGUAAGUGGAUCAGAAUUUGUUGAAAUGUAUGUUGGUUUAGGAGCAGCAAGAGUUCGUGAACUUUUCAAAUAAGCUAAAUCUAAAGCUCCAAGUAUUGUUUUUAUUGAUGAAAUUGAUGCUGUUGGUAAGAAAAGAAAUUCAAAGGGAUCCAAAAAUGAGGAAAGAGAUAAUACUUUAAAUUAACUUUUAGUAGAAAUGGAUGGUUUUGGUACUGAUAGCACUGUGGUUGUAUUAGCUGCCACAAAUAUGAGAGAUUCUUUAGAUCCAGCAUUAACUAGACCUGGAAGAUUUGAUAGAAAUAUUGAGAUUACAUUACCUGAUAUAAAUGGAAGAAAAGAGAUAUUUUUAGUACAUUUAAAACCAAUUAAAUUAGAUCCAUCUAAAACAAAAGAAGAAUAUGCAAAAAGGUAUUUAUUUUAAACAAAUAAAAAUAUUAGAUUAGCAACAUUAACUCCUGGUUUUUCAGGAGCAGAAAUAGCAAAUCUUUGUAAUGAAGCUGCCAUAUUAGCUGCUAGGUAGAAUAGUACUUAUGUUACAUCAUAUCAUUUUGAAUAAGCAUCUGAAAGAGUGAUGGCUGGAUUAGAGAAAAAGAAAUUUAUGAGUGAAGAAGAAAGAAAGAUUGUUGCUUUUCAUGAAAGUGGACAUGCUGUAGUAAGUUGGUUUUUAGCAGGUGGAGAUCCUUUAUUAAAAGUAAGAUCUCUUUAAUAUUAAGCUUACAAUUAUUCCAAGAUCUAAAGGAUCUUUAGGUUAUGCUUAAUAUUUACCUAAUGAGAGUAAUCUCUAAACAAUGGAAGAGUUACAAGAUAAAAUUUGUUGUGUUUUGGGUGGUAGAGUUUCUGAGAAAUAUUUCUUUUAAUCAAUUACAACAGGUGCUAGUGAUGAUUUAAAAAGAGCUUAUGAUUAUGCUAAUGCAAUUAUUACUAAAUUUGGUAUGAAUGAAACUAUUGGAUAAAUUGGAUAUUAAGAUGAUUAAUAUUCUAAGGAUUAUAGUGAUAAAACUAAUGAAGUAAUUAAAAAUUCUAUUUGAUAGAUAAUAGAUGAAGAAAUGUAAAAGCUUAUAUAAAGAUGUACUUAAAGAACUGAAGAAGUAGUGAAAAAAUAUGAAGAUAAAAUUAAAGCUCUAGCUGAAUUACUUUUAGAAAAAGAAUCAUUAGAUUUAUAAUAAAUAAUUAAUUUAUUGGGUGAAAGACCUUUUCCACCUAAAUCAAAUUAUAAAGCUUAUUUGGAUUUAAAGAAAGUUGAAUAAGCUGAGAUUAAAAAUGAAGAAGCAAAAGAGUAGGAAUAAAUUACUUAGAAUAAUGAAUAAUAAUAAUCAGAAAAUGAAAAUGAAAGCAAUGAGUAAGAAUAACAAAUAAAUCAAAAGGAGUGA